CAACCUCAUAUAAAGCAAAACGCUUUUGAACUCUCUCUCUCUCUCUCUCUGUGCUUUUCUCCGAAGCUUACACUUCAACUACGCUCGCAAAUUCUACGCUCUCUCCCUCGCGUUUCCUCGAAGCAUUCAGUAGCCUUCCCAUCUAUCUCCCUCUCUCUGUCUCUCUAGAAGCGUUUAAAUUUUGCUUUUCGUUUUGUGAGGAAUCGGAGAGGGUUACAGGGAAGGAGAGGCGUAGGCGAUCUCAGUGCAUGACGAGCGCGUCGGAGCUAUUUUACACCCGGAGGUCUCGCUUGGGCCGGAGCAGCCCGGAUCUAGGGUUCGAUCGGAGUUCUCAAUAUAGCCACGGUUCUCGUCGCCAUCAUUGCGAUCCUCUCGUUCUUCAUCAUCAUCAUCAUCGACGUGAUUUGGGUGGCGGCGAUCCUCUCCGGCGGUCUUUGCACUCGUCGCAUCACGCGGAGCGUGCAUCAGUUCGACUUGACCAAAGUACAAGUCAGCUUGUUUCAAGCAACAGUGCCAACACAGAAAAUUUAAGUAGGCCAAGAUUAAGUGAGAAUGAAAGGCUUCCUGGGGCUGUGCUACUUGCAAGGGAAAGGCUUCUGGAGAGGUUGAGAGGGGUGCCUCUUUCUGGAAACAGGGGAAGCAGCAGACCAUCACCUUACAUUUAUCACAGCGAACCAAUGCUUGAAGAAGAUAUAAGAGGGCUGUUUGAUAUUGUUCGGGACACAGGGACUCGAAUCUCGACAGGUCAGUCUGAAAGCUCAACCAUUACUGAGUUGACCUCCCAAAUCGAGAGGCUGCAACUAUUGCAAGAACCAAAGAAGAAGCCACCCGGUCUCACUCAAGAAGCCCUGGACUGUUUGCGCCUGGAGGUUUUUAGCAGCACCGUUGAAGGAGUGGCGCCAAACGCUUCACAGGAUUGUAGUAUAUGUUUGGAGACUCUCUUGGAAGGAGAUGAGCUUAUACGCUUGCCUUGUGGGCAUAGAUUUCACUCUGCCUGCUUGGAUCCCUGGGUUCGAACCUGCGGAGACUGCCCGUAUUGCCGUAGAGGUAUAGUUGUAAACAGUCACAGAGCAAUGAAGACGACGUAAAUUUCACUCGGGUGUUUUUGUAUUUCCUGGAUUUCUUAAUGGUCGUGAAAGUUUUGGUAUUUUGACUAAAUUAUAUAUGAUUUGUAUCUACUGUUUUGUUGUACACGGGGAAAAUUUCCUGAGUUUUGAAUCCUUGUUUUUAUAUACAUACUCAAGUAAAAAUGUUUCAUUUGUUGAAUGUGAAGUUGGAAUUCUUGUUUAUGUACUU